AUGCACAGCUUUCACGGAACUUUCAUUCGCAACUGCAUCGUCACGCACGUCAUCGACGGUAAGACCAUCCGCGUGCUUCUCAACCCCGACGGCGGUCAGCAACGCUCGUCCACGGGCGACGGUUGGGAAGACUCGCUCGUCGUGGGCAGCGAACCCACGUCUCGCAUACCGAGCGACGAGCUCGACGCGUCGAGCGUCGACCCGACGACGUGGGAGAAAGUGGACGUGCGGUUGAUCUACGUCGACACCGAAGAAUCGCUCGAUGUGAAGAAGGAGGAGCAAGCGUACAAACCGAUCACGCCGGCGGGCGUGGAGGCGUUCGAUUGGCUCAAGAAGCGUCUGGGAUCGGCGGCGGAUGGUCGAUGCGGCGACGUCGAGGUGGACAUCGAAUUCGACACCUGCGAGUUCAUGACUUCGGUGUCUCGCGCGCGCGAGUACUCUCUCGAUAAGUACGGACGCGUUCUCGCGUACGUAUAUCACAACGGCAACAGCGUCAACGUGGAAACCGUGCUGGCUGGUCAGUCUCCGUAUUUCACGAAGCACGGCAGAUCGAGACUCUAUCACGGUGAAUUCGCGCUCGCCGAGAAGCUGGCGAUUGAGAACAUUCGAGGAAUCUGGGACCCAGCCGGAGCGUCUCUCGCAUCGUUUGGCAUGUUAGAGUACAGCCGGGACUACCGACGAUUGUUGCCUUGGUGGAGAGAGCGAGAAUUGUUCAUCGAAGACUGGCGUCACUGGGGACAUCUCGGGCUGACGAAGGACAUUCUGAACCCGCGCGACGCGCGAGAUUACCAAAAACUUCUAGUCGCCGCGGCUGCGCGCGAAAAGGCGACAAUUUUAGUCGAUCUUCAGCCGACGCAAUCCAAUCUUUACGACGGCGUCAUGCAGCUCAUCCGAUACGAAGGCGGGAAGCAGGGAUUGUGCAUUUUCGCCGGCACGCGACGAUAUCCGUUUAACCUUUGGAUGGACGACGCGAACUCGAUGGAAAGCGGACGACUUCAGGCUUUACUCCACGCGCGCUACUGUCAGAACGCUCGCAACUUUUGCUUCAUCACGGGAAGUCUCUUCAUCUUUCACGCUAAAAAUCGACCGCAGAUGCUUUUGGAAUCGUGCGAGCAAGUCAGCGAUUUCCCGUUGCGUCCGGAUGACAUGUCGCAAAAGCUUCGAGGGCACCACCGCGCGGGCGCCGCCAAGUCCUCGCCCGCGGCGUGA